GAUUCAGUGGUGAAGUUUGGAAGCGCGAAUUUAAUUUCUACAGUUUAUUUGAAAUUAUGAACAUACGGAGAAAUUUUUUUCAUGAAAUCAUUUGAAGUACACUGGUAAAUAGCUUUUUUAAAGUUUGAUUAUGAAUACCAUGGUAUUUCGAGAAAUCACACCUCAUUCUGAGAGCGUGGACCGGUGGAAUGAUGUUACAAUCAAUGCCGGGGCAUCUCAAAGUACACUUCAAGACAUCAAGUUACCUGAAUGUGCUGGUUGUUUCACAUACCACAAUAGUGGAGACCUUUCAUCACCUUGUAGCAAUCGAUUCAUAUACUGGCGCACAAAUCAUGAUGUAAUUGAACUUGUUGAAAUAUCAUUGGAUAUCACUUUAAGAAAUAAUCAUUUACGUUUGCGAUUCCAAAAUACUCCUAUUUUACGUGGUGUUAACAUUGAUGAAAAUCAUGAUCAAGUUGUACUUCUGGUGCCAACAGUCUCUGCUAUUCACAAAUUGGUAUUUCCUCACCCAAAUAUUUUAGAACAAGAUUCUUUUCAUAUUGGAAGAAAAGAUUUAGUUCUACCAUCAGUUUUUUAUGACACGUCUCUUGCCACUUUACGCAAUAGAAGUUGUUAUUUUGUGCUUAAUCAUGUAUCGCUUGGAAUUCCUUUACCACAUACUUCAUGCUCUUGGUUAGAUAUAGAUGGUAAUGCUACUUUUAUACUAGCCAAUAGUGCUGGAUCUGUUCUUCUGGUUGUUAUGUCUGACAGAAAUGGUGUAGAAAUAAGCACCACCGAGUUGAUGAAAACUGGCUCAAUAUUCAGGUUAUUAAAUGGUCUUGUUCCCACAUCAAUUCGAAAUACUAAAACUGAAGUUGCCUUAAGCAUUGUUUGUCACAAGGAUCUAAAUGAUACCUUAAUAUUUGCUUUAUUUAGUGAUCUUCAGAUAAGAGUUUGGUCUUAUAGAAGGCAAGAAUGUAUUUUACAGGAUUCUGUUAUCAAUUUUGACUAUGAGAAGUUGUUGACCAGUGGAAAUUUUACUGCUCACCAGUGUCAUCUAAGAAAAUCUACAGAUACUUGUGGAAAUUUUUAUUUAGGAGUAUAUGUACCAGUACCAUACCAAAAAUUAUUUUUUAUAUUUAAUCCUGCUUUUAGCUAUGAACAAUACAAAUUAAAAUUUACAUGUAUGUUGCAGCAAGAAUCACAUGAUCUAGUGGAUUUUUGCAUUGGUAGGAAGCGUAUAUGGUCACUGUGGUUGACAUGUGAAAAUCAACCAGUAGUUCUUAAUGCUUGGUUAGAAUGUGACAAAAGAACUGAACAGCAGCUUUGUUGGAUGCCUGUCAGUGUGGAGCCUCAAGUGUCGCGUACAGUUGAUUAUGGAUCAUCCAACCCACAAGAAGCAUAUUUGAAAGAAAUUUUUAGAGUUGGUCGAUUUUUACCAUCUACUAUUACCAAAGCAAUUAGUAUCUACAACACUAAUAGAAAUACUAGUUUUUCUUCUAGUGUUCCUCUGAAAGCUGAAGACCUUAGAAAUUGGGUUAUAGAAGCUGUGGAAACAGAAAUACUUAUGAAAACGGGAGAUACUGAAGCUAGUGAAAGUGAUUAUAUUGACAUUUCUGCUGAAUGUUGGGAUCGCUUUUUUUCUUAUUGCAUCCAGUAUCAUGAAGUAGGAAUGAAACCAUUGGGGAUCUCACAAGAUCCAAAUACUGGCUCUGUAAUUGUAAUAAAAAAGAAUUUUUACUCAUUGCUUUGUCCUUGUGAUUCCCUAGAAGUAAUUACCUGUCCAGAUUUUCGAUCAAUGCUAUUUUCAAUUGAUUUGCUAAAUAAUGAUGAAAAGAAGCUAUAUAAUGUACUUAAAGCUGUUCUUACAAGUGUGAGCUUAGUUAGAAAACAUAUUGAUGAUAAACUUCUUAUGCGAUUUGAAGACAAGCUUUUUAAUUUAUAUUCUCCUAUCAAGUAUGCUUCAGAAUUACGAAAAAUUAUUGAACUUGAAGCUGGUAGUUAUUUCUAUAAAAAUUUUCAGUCGGUAUUACCAUCAAAUUCGGAUAUUGUUGCUUGUUUAGAAUUUUUAUUGUUGAAACUGGAUCUAAGUGUAGAUAUCAGAGAAGAUAUUGAAGAAUCCUUUUCUAAAUAUUCUUCUUUUGCCAACAGUUCUUCAGGUAUUGGUGCACUAUGUGCUGGUCUAGCUCAUUUUGCAAGGCAACGAUUUGAAUUCUGCCGUGACUUACUUUUGUUUGAAUUAGUACUUUAUGAAUCUGAUGCAUUAGAGUGUGAACAGCUUGAUCAUCUUUUGACUCAAUCGGCUAUUAUUCCUAAAACAGUUAAUCUUCUCAGAUCAUAUUACAUUAUUCUUUGGUGCACACAAUGUGAAUGUGUACCAGUUUCACCAGCAAUACAAGAUGCAGCUUUUAAACAGUUUUGUUUACUGGAAUUACCUGAAUUCACAGAUAAGGAUUUGACUAAUAUUAAACGUCGACAAACUAUUAGUCAUCUAUUUUUUGAGGAAGAUGGUGGUGUAAAAGCUAGAAAGAUUUUAGAAAUGAGACAUUUUUCAAAACUUUAUUCUGAUGAUUGGGAAUCACUCUUUCCUACUUUGGUUGCUGCAGCAGCUACUUUACUGUGGCCUCUUGAAGAAAAUGUAAUAUUUCCUGAAUUUUUAUUUGCUAGAUGUCAGCAUUAUCCACUCCAAGAAUAUGAUCGUCUUUUGCAAGGUUGGUGUUCUGAAAAUAAGCAGUUUAUAAACUUUUUAGUAGCUGGCAGUUAUUUAAUUUUGGGAGAAUCACAUAAAGCAGUGAAAUUAUUUCUUGAAGUUUCAAAGGAAAUAGAAGGAGAAUCUCUCUUGUGUCGUAAAAUAUUGAAAGGAAGAUAUGUUGCUGGAACUUCAAUUACCAGUUCUUUUUGUAUGCGAGUUAUUCAAAUGUUUGAACAGUUUUGCUUAUCAACUUGCAUUGUUAAAAUGGCCUCUGCAGCCAUAAAUGAAAUUGAAGAAACUGAUCCACAUGUGCCAAUAUUUUAUUCUGUAUUAUUUAAACAUCAUCUGAAUUUAGGACACAGUGAGGAAGCAUUUGCUACUCUUAUCAAGAAUCCAGAUUCUUCCAGACAAAAGGAUUGUUUACGACAAUUGGUAGUAAAACUUUGUGAAAUGAAGCAGUUUCAGAAGAUAAUCGAACUUUCAUAUCUGGCAUUUGAAGAGGAAAUCAUCAACAUUCUUGAAUCAAGGGCUAGAUGCUCUGAUCUGUGCCACAAUACAUCUUUCUAUGGUAUAUUAUAUGCUUUGCAUAUACACCACAAAAAAUUCAGAAAAGCUGCAGCAAUUAUGUAUGAAUUAGCUAUGAGGUUUGGUAGAGAAGUUGUUAGCUUGAAAGGUCUUAAAAAACAGGCUUCUUGUUAUUUAGCUACUAUUAACUGUCUUCAUCUUUCUGAUCCUCAGUAUGCUUGGAUUGUCAAACCAGCUCUCAGUGCUCCUGAAAAUCCUAGCAUUUCUGAAAUUGAUGGCAAAAACCUAGCUAAGCGAAAUUCAGAUGGCAUUGAAAUUAUUCAUUCUAAUCGCCCUGUUAAAAUCGAAGUUCUUGGUUUAGAAGAUGUAAUGCAAGAAUAUACUUUAGUUCAAGCACGUCUUUUGCAUGCUCAGAAAUAUUGUAAUGCAACUAAUUUAGUUGUGACUCCUUUGUCUGCUGAAGAAACUGUUGCAUUGUUACUCAAUGCUGGCCUCUUUGAUACUGCCAUUCAAUUGUCCAAAGCAUUUUCUCUCUCAUUAGUUCCAAUUUUCGAAGCCCUGGCCUACAAGUGCCUGAGUUCAACCUUACGAUCAGAAACACAUUUUUCAAUUACCAGCGAUGGUGAAAAAUAUUUCAAAUCAUGUGAUCCUUCUAUUGACUAUGUUAACCAGGAAACAGGUCGUUUUCAAAUUUGGCACCAGUUGGAAAAAUAUUUAGUGGAAUACGAAGAAGCAGGACAAAGUGAAUUGCAUAGGUGUGUCACUGAAAAGCUGCUUACCCAUGGAGCAACUUUACCUGCUUGGUUAAAACUUUCUUAUCAGAAGCGUAAUUUUACGGAGCUAGCUAGCUUGUACAUUUCACAUGGUCUUCUAAGUGAAUCCUUAACAUUAAUUCAUAAAUAUAUAAAAGCUGUUUUAGGUGUAAGAAAGGAAGACUUUAACUUGAAAUAUUCUCUUCAUAUUAAUUCACCUCCUGUAUGGUUACCACACACCUAUAUUGAUAUUCUACUUGAUGCAGUCAGUGACUUUCAACAUGAUGAUAAUUUCCAAGAUACUUAUCAUGAAUUCCUAGAGACUUUGAAAGAAUAUAAUAAAACAGUUGAAUCUAUAACUUCAUCCAAAUUAUCUGAAAGUUCAAUUCUUUUGCAAAAUUAAUUUUCUUUUUAUUUAUCAUUUCUUUGGAAAAUCUUCAAUGCCUUUUAUUUUGUAUUAGUAGGCAAAUGCCAAAGAUCUUGAUUAUUCUAUAGAUUUUUUUUUAAAGUUAUGCUGAAAUUUCUACCUGAAGUGUGUUUUUUGAUUUCUGAUUGUUAACUUGUAUUAUUUGAUAUGCUAUUAUGAAUAUAUUAUAAGAUUUUUUUUUUCCCCCCAUUCAACCCAAAAAUAUAAAAUCAUCGAUAUUUUAUUUAUUGUACAAAAAUGUUACAAAUUGCAGUUGCUGAGUGGUUUUAAUCAAUUGUUCAAUUUUUUUCUGUAUUAAAUGAAAUUUUAGUGUGGAUAUUACUCUUUUUUUUAAAGAGUUCUGUUAAAAAUAUUUCUUAAAUGUUAUUUUAAAAUGUUUUUCCUUUGAAAUCUAAUUUGUUUAUGACUAUUUAAUUUGAAAUAAACAAGUUAGAAAUCUAAUUUGUUUAUUACUAAUACCACAUAUGUAAAGAAUAUUGCAAAUUUUUAACAGUAUGUUUUGAAGUUUUCUUCCAGAGACCAUUAUAAUAAAUUUUAAAUUGAACUUAUUGUAUAAGAGAUAAUAAAUUCUUGUAACAUUAAGAGUCAAGAAAUUUUUAUAACAGAGAAUACUUAUUUGAAACCUGGCUUAUGCUAAUGGGUCUUUAUUUUUAUGCCAUAUCAUUAAUUGCAUUGCUAUAUACGUAUUUAUUGUUUGAUACAGUCGAACUCUGUCAUAGUGAACUAUCUCAACUUUUUCUGAAGCUCAGCCUAUCUAAAUUCUCUGAAAACCUAUUUGUUUAGAAAAUUGUAAUAUUUCUGUUAUGUGCGCCUAAAGAUGGAGAUCAAAUAUAUGAGAACAUAUUAUUAUAUUAACUUAUAUGAGAAUUCAUUAAAAAACAAAUAAUAUUUAAGUGACUAAUUUUUUUUAUUUAAGUGAAAGUGGCUUUAAUUUUUUAGAUCAAGACCUUAUUAUCAUUGCAAAUUUGCUAUUCUAAGUUAUGAAUUUCCAAUAGAAAAUUCAUUGACUAUUUGAUUUUUGUGUCAGAGAAAUAGUAAAAAUAUAACUAAUUUUUAAUUAUUUUACUGUUAACUCAAACUGCAUUGGGUAUAUCAGCCUUAGACUGUUUGAUAAGUAAUUUUUUUUUGUCAGCAUUAUAACAUGCGAUUACUACACUUCAUAAUUGUUAAUUCUUGUAAUAAUUUAAAAGUAUUAUUUUUUGCAGUAUUUAUGCUUGGUAGCAAAUGCUAUUAUGGAAAAAAUGACAGUUUUUAUUAUGGGGUAAUAGUAAUUAUUAAAAGGACUCAAAUCAGAUCCAGUUUUUAAAGAUAACUGUGCUUUCUUAAAAUUUGAAAUACUUUUUAAUAGAUCACUAUGAAUGUAAAUUGUAUUUAAAUAUGAAAUUUAUCAGGAUCCUUAAAAAAAAUUCUAAUGCAAUUAAACUACAUAUUAUUUUUAAGUACAUAAUAGAACUUUUACAGUAAUAAGUAUUAUCUAUACUAUAAAGAUUUAUCUUUUCAAUCGUGCAUUUACUUUAAAAUCAUAAAUUUGCUGCUUUCUUUACAUUCCUGGUGAAUUUUCAA